AAAUUGCGGUAGUUCCUCUGUCAAGUAGCCAUGGCGCAAGUGAACCUUUUGGCCUUGCCGACCGAGGUGGUUCAUGAAGUAUCGAGUAUACUCGGCCCCGACGACGUGCUGGCCCUGCGGCUGAGCUGCAGACAAAUGGCGGAGAAGACGUCCCUGUGCUUCCAAGCACGCUUCUUCCGCACGCGGCACGUCAUGCUCGAGAAGGAGAGCCUGGAGAACCUUGUUGCUAUUUCGCAUGAUGCCGUGCUGGGUAGAGCUGUACAGGGCGUCGAGCUUUGCAUCGACCACCUUAUCCAGCCCGAGCACUAUAUGAGCCGGGAGGAACUAUUUGAUCUCGGGAUUAAUGACGAGUACGACAUCGUCAGGCGUCUUGACGAUGAACCGGUACUCGAAGGGGACGACAGGUGGGAAUCCAUUUGCCGAGGCUACGGAGAUGAAUGGAACAAGCAAGGAAAGUUCUUCAGCCAGAAGCUUCACAUGAGCCUUUUGGCAGAAGCACUCUCCGGCCUGGAAAACUGCACAAGGGUCGGCAUAGACGAUACCACCCGGCCUUGGGGCGCUUUCCGCCUUGGUCGCCGGGCAGGGACGCUCCCAAGCCGAUUCGUCUCCGACUUGCUUCCCAACAGCAUGAUACACGCAGCAGUAUCCAUACGGACACUAUUAUACGCAGUGGUACAGAGCCGUCUCCCCAUAGAGCAGAUGUUCAUCGAGUUCGGGGAUAUGAUGGCAGGCUGCACCUGUGUCACUCCCACAAUGUUGCUCCUUCCAAGCCCAUUAGAAAUGGCCGUCAAAAGUCGACUGGAAACAGUCUCGAAUUUACGUCUCAUCGUGAACCCAACGCCUAGCCAUGCUGGGUUUGACCCUGAGACUAUAAACAGCCUACCAGCUACCGAUCCUAUACGUGGAGAAUCGAGCGGCUGGGUGGCAAAUCUCCUUCGGUUCUUAGGGCUCUUUAAAGCACUUUCCGACCUCAGCUUAUGUUUCAUGACCCGCGACGAAAGGCAUCAGUUUCCAGAACUGUCGCAACUUCUCUUUAUCCCCGGACUCCAAGCCUUACGGCUAGAGUAUCUAGACUGUACCGCGGGCGAGCUCACCGGGCUCCUCAAGAAACAUCAGGAAACACUCCGAGUAGUCGGCCUAGAGUCUGUAAAUCUUAUUGGAGGCGGGUUGGAUAGUUGGCUAUGUGUACUAAGAAGUUUAAGACAUGAGCUAUCAGUAGAAGCAGUAUACCUCGGGAGCUGCUUCGGGGAGGACGGCGAAGGGCAAGUUACGAUAAAGCUACCUAGUCAACUACGAGCAGAUAACGGCCAGGAAAUAGAUCAACUUGCAAUCGAUCUUUCCACGCUACAGCAAGACAACGAGAAAGAAAAGAGCGAGGAUUUGUAAACAGAAACCGGAUACAAUCCUAUUUAUAUCCAGCUCGAGAUGUCAUGGUAGAACAAAGAAACCAGGAAUAUAUUAAAGAAAUAAGUCGCCCCAC